AUGGCCACAGCCGGUAAGGUCAUCAAGUGCAAGGCAGCAGUGGCCUGGGAGCCCAACAAGCCUUUGGUGAUGGAGGAGAUUGAAGUAGCCCCACCCGAGGCCAACGAGGUCCGCAUCAAGAUUGUGGCCACCGGGAUAUGCCACACUGACCUGUAUCAUCUAUAUGAGGGUAUGGAUGAAGGCGGCUUUCCAGCAGUUCUCGGCCAUGAGGGAGCCGGCAUCAUAGAAAGUGUUGGCCCUGGAGUCACUGAAUUCCAACCGGGAGACAAGGUUAUUCCUCUGAUCAUCCCUCAGUGUAGAGAAUGUCGCUUCUGUAAGAAUCCUAAUACCAACCAGUGUGAGAAAGGAUGGGAUGGUGGUGAUGAUGUGAAGGUAUUAGCAGACUCCAGGUUUACCUGUAAGGGGAAGAAGGUGCUGCAGUUUAUGGGGACCAGCACUUUCUCUGAGUACACUGUGGUUAACCAGAUGGCUGUGGCUAAGAUCGACACUGCUGCCCCUCUGGACAAAGUCUGUCUCCUUGGCUGUGGAAUCUCUACAGGAUAUGGAGCAGCAGUUAAUACCGCUAAGGUGGAUCCAGGCUCUACAUGUGCUGUGUUCGGCCUGGGAGCCGUGGGGUUGGCUGCAGUCAUGGGCUGCAAGGCUGCAGGAGCCAAGAGGAUCAUCGCUGUUGACAUCAAUCCAGAGAAGGCUGAGAAGGCCAAGUUGUUCGGGGCGACCGACUUCGUAAACCCCAAGGAUCACAGUAAACCCAUCAGCCAAGUUCUGUCUGAGAUGACUGACGGAGGAGUGGACUUCUCCCUGGAAUGUGUCGGCAAUGUUGGAGUCAUGCGCAGUGCCUUGGAGUCUUGUGUGAGAGGUUGGGGUGUCAGCGUUCUGGUUGGCUGGACAGACUUGUACGACGUUGCUACCCGACCCCUUCAGCUCAUCGCUGGACGCAAAUGGAAGGGCUCUCUGUUUGGAGGAUUUAAGAGUAAGGAUGGCGUGCCUCAGAUGGUUAAAGGCUACCUGGACAAGAAGGUGAAGGUGGAUGAGUUCAUCACCCACAACAUGACUUUGGACCAGGUCAAUGAUGCCAUUGAACUGAUGAAGCAAGGCAAAUGCAUCCGGUCAGUCCUGAGUGUCUCUCCACAAUAACACCAUUGUGCUGCUUCUCCAUCUAGUGUACAUUUUGUACAGAAUUUGAACUCAAUGUACAUACUCACAAUGGUUGCAUAUAAUAAAGAGAUUAAAACAAUGCACAGCAUACGUGUCUGACCUUGAACAGUCAACCCUAUCCAGUGAAUUCCCUGCAGAUUGUCAGAAUGCUGUGCAGUGUUCACAUCACAGAUGGGAUCUGUGGCAUUCCUCUGUACGUCUGACAUUGUGUUGCUGUAGUUCACUGGACGUGUCCUCAAAACAGUCAUGUUUCUUAAGUCUGCAUUGCAUGUUGUUACUUAAUU